UUGAUCCUAGGUUGUAGCUGUUACAACCCGAGUAUCGGCCCGUUACUAAACGCCGAGAUGCUUCCGUGGAUCAUCAAGAAGACUAGGUUCGAAACUUCGGAACACAGCAAGACUGCUCAUACUUCUCUUCUGGUCGCCGGGUGACAUGAACUCUUUCAAAGCCUUCGGUCGAGAAAAACCACUCGUCGGUCCAUAUGACCCGAGCCCACUGCUCUGGCUUCCAGCUUAAAUGCUCCAGCUGCCCAUGCCAAGCACACCUGCUUUUGUGCUUUAGUGAGCAGAGGCUUCGCAGUCGCCACGCGGCGCCCGUACAACUCCAUCCUAAACGCUGCCAUCAGGGCUUUGCGGGUGUUGGUGUCCAAGGACAACUUGCAGAGUUGCUACAAUCAGUUUCCUAUAUAGGCUUAAUUCCAUACUAUACUAAGACGGUCAAGAUCUGGGACGCGAGCAGGAGCGCGUGCCUGCAGACGCUCGACGGCCAUAGCCGUAUUAUAAUCUCAAUGGCCCGACCUGCUCCGGCCACAGCCUUGUUGACACAAGCUGUUACGGAAGCACUUUCUUGUUUCCAUCGGAUGUCUCGAAUCAUAAUACGCUCACCCCAACACAGCCACAGCUCAGGCUGGAGCAUGAGCAGCUCAGUUCCCUGAACGGGAAAGGAAACUGCUUGGGUGCACAUUGGGAUGUUGUACUACCUGGUAUAAAUGUUGCGCAGAGUGUAUACAACGAAGAAAAUUGCUAGCUUUUCCAGGCUCUUAGCUCUCAUUAGAUUAGACGGACACCGAAACCAAAUCUUUCCCUAUUUCCCAAAAGCACAAAAG